UUCAAAGUUUUGAAUCUUUUUAUACACUGCCUAAACACUGGAUAGUGGAUAAGUUGAAGCAGCGUUUUUACGAUACAAAUGGUUUACUUCUCAUUUACAAUAGUUAGGCAUGGAGAAACAUCAUACAACAGAGAAAGAGUAAUUCAAGGUCAGACUGACAUUCCGUUGUCAGGUAUUGGACAUGAACAAGCUCAUCGUGUGGCAGAGAGACUUCAGAAUGAACAGUACAGUCACAUUUUUUCCAGUGAUUUGUCGAGGGCUCAAGAGACUGCGGAAGCCAUUAUAAAGAGUAAUGCAGCCAGUAACUGUCAGCUCAGUUUGGACAAAAGGCUCAGAGAGAGGAGAUUUGGAGAAUAUGAAGGGAGGCCUUCUGAGGAGUUAAUGGAGGCUGCCAAUAGAAUAUCUCCUCAUUCGUGGACAGACUUCAACCCUCCCGGAGGUGAAACUCUUCAACAGGUGCAUGACAGAGCCAUCUCAUUUUUCAAUGAUCUUUGCAAAAAACUAGUAAAUGAAAAGUCAAAUACAAAAAAUGAAAAACGAAGUCAUUCUGAGAGUGAAUCAUUAUAUUCUAGUCAAGCAGUAGGGAAUAAAAAAUCAGCCAAGUCUAUAAAAACUGCCUCUCCUAAGACAAUUCAAGGUAGAGUGAUGGAUAUUGGAGAAAUUAUUCUGCCAAACACAGUUACAAUGGACAAUAUAAAUCUAGUUACAAGUGCAGGUAACUCUAGCACACAUGAAGAAAAUGACAAAGAAUUUAUUGUUUUUCAAGAUGAUACUAAUUCUGAAAGUUCUGGAAAAUCAAAAAAGUUUGAAAAAUCGAAGGAUCAUCUUUCAACAAAAUCUCAGUGUGACAAGAAACAUAAUGGUUUUACUGCAACAUUUCUUCAGAAAGGGAGACCUUUAAAAGAUUUUAUCAGUGACGCUGAAAGUAUGGAGGAAUGGCCCACUGUUGCAGAUGUUCUUGUAGUCAGCCAUGGGGGCCUCAUCAAAGAACUAGUCAAGUUUUUUAUUGAAAAACUGAAUUGUAAAAUGCCAGCAGGCAACAGAAAUGGACUGCGAAUCUAUCAUAACUGCAGCGUUUCCAAAUUCCUUGUGUCUUUACCAAAUGAGAAUCGUUCUGACCGUAGAGUCACUUGUUUAUUUUCAAAUAGCAAAGAACAUUUACAGGGUCUAGGCAUUGAGUUUGCAGAAGGGAAAUACUGAAAAUGACUCUUAACCCCAACUGACCCUCUUCCCCUCCUUCACCCAUAUUUAAUGUUUAAUUGGUCCAAAAUAUAUAUUUUAAACAAGAGCAUGAAUUAAUAGGACCUUUUUAGACAAGCUUGAUAACAAUUUUGUGUGGGAGUUUUAUAUAAAUUGUUAUAAAUUUAGAAAGUAUUUUUAUAAAUCUUAUUUUCCAUAAAUCUUAAUAGAGAAAU